AAGUAAAAAAAUAGAAGCAAAAUCAAUAAAUAAUAAUAUAGCUCUCUCUGGCUCACUCCGUUGAGACCGCACACACACACAGAGAGAUAGAAGCUGCUGCUGAUCAAAUAAACUUUUCGAAUUCCAUUUCAUCGUUCCUCGUCUAUAAAAAGCUUCCCCUAAGAAUGCCUCUCUCUCUCCGUCUCGCUCCAUCUCCGACUGCUUUAGCCCCGACCACCGGCGGAUUUGGUCCCGUUAGGAAGCAGUGUCGGAUCCCUUACUCCGGCGUCGCGAAGACGAAGAUUGGUCUCUGCUCAUUAUUGGAUUGUGGGAGAAGGUGGGAUUCCUCUGUGGUGGUGGUGAGGUGUAGCUUAGAAACGGUGAGUGUUAAUGUUGGUCAAGUGACGGAGGUUGAUAAGGACACCUUUUGGCCCAUCGUUAAAGCCGCCGGUGAUAAGAUUGUCGUUCUUGACAUGUACACUCAGUGGUGUGGUCCAUGUAAAGUGAUUGCCCCUAAAUACAAAGCUUUAUCAGAGAAGUACGAGGACGUUGUGUUUCUCAAGCUUGACUGCAACCCAGAUAACCGGCCAUUGGCAAAGGAGCUAGGAAUAAGAGUGGUUCCAACUUUCAAAAUCUUAAAGGAUAAUAAAGUCGUCAAGGAAGUUACCGGUGCCAAAUAUGAUGACCUGGUUGCAGCCAUUGAAACAGCCAGGUCUGUUCCUUCGGAAUGAACCAAUCUCAUGGUUGUUCCAGUGUAAACUCUGCUUCUGUUAUUAUGACUCUUUCAUGUAUGUGUAAAUGUUUUUCAAGAAAUAUAUGAUCAAGGUAAUGUUUAUUUAUCCA